AUGAGCAGCCCAGAGACGCCCACCGAGACCCCUGAGCCCAGCACCGGGGCCUGGUCAGCGCAGCCCACAUACAGCAACCUUGGUGAGAUCCGGUCCCACCUGCUGCCCUCCAAGGCCUGCCGCGCCCGGACACCCGGGUCCCUCUCAGCUGACCGACAGCCCCCUCCCCUGCCCAAGAAGACCCUGACGAGAACACAGUCCCUGCCCACCAACCGGACCUCCAGCCCUGCCCGCCCCAGGCAGCCCCGGAAGCCCCUGCUGGCCUCCCACAGUGUGGACGAGAGCCGGGAGGCUCAACAGGACGCAGGGCUGCCCUGUCCCCUAGAGGAGCUGUCCUUCAGCACGCCAGACGCCGACCUGGGCCACUUCUUCCGAGACCUGCACAGCGUGGAGGCUGUGCACGCUGCACUGGCCACCCGGCAGCUGGCCAGCCUGGCCACCAUCCACGCCCGGCUCCGCACGCGGCUCACAGGGGGCCGUCCGGGGCCCUGCCACCCCAGCCACAGCUUCCGCUUCCUGGACAACUCGCCCUGUGUGGACAGCGGGGACGCCCUCUACUACCGGGUGGUCCGGGUGGAGGAGGACGCCUGGCACAUCCUGGCCGCCAAGCGGCCCGAGGGCCUGCUGCUGGCCACGCCGCGGGGCUGUGCGGCCACCGAGCCGCCGCGCCUGCUUCUCGCCGACUUCGGCCGAGCGCGCCCGCAGCACCCGGGGAGCCGGGGCGUCCACGCGCUGCCGCUGAGCCGCUUGGUCCACGCAUUGCUCACACCUCUGGGCACGCCCCCGGACGCACUCGCGGGCACGUCCCUGGCCGCGGGCCUGGCGCACCUGGCGGCCCAGCUGCUCCGCCGGCGGCCCUCGGCGGCCUUAACUCGAGGCGCGCUGCAGGCUCUGCUCUGGGGACCCGGGCCUUCACUGCGCGCCCACGGGCCACCGCUGGGGUCCUGGCUGCAGGUGCGCCGCGCGCUGCUGGCCCUGCACUUGGCCGAACGGGCAGCGGGCGGGGAGGGGCCGGGCCUGGAGGAGUGGCUGUGCUGUGAAUACCUUGCGGAAGCCACCGAGGACGCCCUGAUGCGCGCCCUGGAGCUGCUGUGGGACUGA